GACGUCUUCCGCCGCCUUUAUACCCCUCUCACCUUCCUGUUCAUGGAAGCCCCAAUCUCCUCCCCUCUCGCUGCUGCGUGCUUCAGGUGAAGCAGUCGAAAUGACGCAGCCCCCCACCCCCCUCGCGUCCACAUUGGACCGCAUCGUCCUGGAGCUCCGCUCCAAGAACGAUGACCAUCGCCAAAAAGGAGCCCACCUCCUGCGGCAAACGGUCGAAAAUGCGCAUCGAGAGCUCGCCCCAAGCGUCUUCUCCACCUUCUACAACGACGUAAACGUACGCAUAUCAACGCUCAUCGUCGCCGGCAAUGACUCCAACGAACGAAUCGGCGGCAUCCACGCCCUCAACGCCCUCAUCGACUUCCGGGGCGAUGACGCCGGCCAGAAGACAACGCGCUUCGCUAGCUACCUCCGAAACGUCAUGCGCGGGUCGGACACAGCGUCCAUGGUGGUCGCGGCGAAGGCACUCGGGCGAUUGGCCAAACCGGGCGGGACACUCACGGCAGAGCUCGUCGAAGCUGAGGUCAAGGGCGCGCUGGAGUGGCUGCAGCUCGAGCGCUCGGAGAAUCGCCGCUUCGCUGCGGUGCUGAUCCUGCGCGAGCUAGCUAAGAACUCGCCCACACUGAUGUACCAAUGGAUUGCGCAGAUCUUUGAGGUCAUCUGGGUGGCUCUCCGGGAUGUCAAGGUCCUGAUCCGGGAGUCUGCCGCCGAAGCUAUCAGCGCGUGCUUCGAGAUUAUUUCGCCAAGAGACUCGCAGAUGCGGCAGCUGUGGUUUGGACGGGUGUACGACGAGAUACUGAAGGGCUUCAGUCUCAACACGAACGAGGCUAUCCACGGAUCGCUGCUUACGAUGAAGGAACUCCUGGACAAGAGCGCUAUGUUCAUGAAUGAGCAGAAGUAUAAAGAGACGGUGGAAACGGUGCUGAAGUACAGGGAACACCGCGAUGCGCUCGUCCGACGGGAAGUGGUCCUCAUCAUCCCCAUUCUCGCCAGCUACUCGCCGACCGAGUUCGCUACCAAAUACCUCCACCAGUGUAUGCUCCACCUCCAAGGGCUCAUCCGAAAGGACCGAGAUCGCGACAAAGCUUUCGUUGCGAUUGGCCAGAUAGCGAAUGCCGUUGGUGUUGCUAUCGCUCCAUACCUGGACGGUAUUCUUGGAUUCAUUCAAGAUGGUCUUGCUGCCAAAGCACGUAAUAAGGCCAUCAACGAGGCCCCGAUCUUUCAGUGUCUUAGUAUGAUUGCUGCAGCCGUCGGUCAGGCCUUGAGUAAGAACGUCGAACGAUUACUGGAUCCGAUAUUCUCGUGUGGGCUUAGCGAUUCUCUCUUCCAGGCUCUCGUUGAUAUGGCACACUAUGUGCCACCAUGCCGACCGAUCAUUCAAGAGAAGCUUCUCGACCUCCUCAGCCAGAUUCUCGCAGGCAGACAUUACCUACCCCUGGGUAGCCCCUACCAAGUUUCUCAACCGCCUCAGAUCUGGACCCGAGACCACAAAGACCCUCAAACAAUUGGCCAGCGAGAAGCUGAAAUUGCGCUCGCUCUCCACACCCUCGGUAGCUUCGACUUCUCCGGGCAUGUACUGAACGAGUUCGUCCGCGACGUGGCUAUACGUUACGUUGAGGCAGACAAUCCUGAGAUCCGGAAGCGCGCCGCUUUGACGUGCUGUCAGCUCUUCGUCAAAGACCCAAUUGUACAUCAGACGAGCGUGCAGGCCACCAAGGUUGUCGGCGACAUCAUCGAGAAGCUUCUUACAGUAGGAGUGGGCGACGUGGAUCCGGAGAUUCGGUGGGAGGUUCUCAUGGCUCUGGACGCCCGUUUCGACCGACAUCUUGGAAAAGCGGACAAUAUCCGGACUCUGUUCCUCGCUUUGAACGACGAAGUCUUCGUGAUUCGAGAAGCUGCCAUGUCCAUCGUUGGUCGGCUGACGACUGUGAACCCGGCAUACGUAUUCCCCUCGCUACGAAAAGUACUUCUUCAGCUGUUGACCGAGGUCAACUACUCAAAUAGCCCGCGAACGAAGGAGGAGAGUGCGAAACUUAUCAGCAACCUCGUCGGAGCGGCAGAUCAUCUGAUCAAACCACUUGUUGACCCCAUUGUCGCUGUUCUCCUACCAAAAGCCAACGAUCCAAAUCCCGAGGUCGCUUCAACGACACUCAAGGCCAUCGGAGAUCUGGCCACAGUGGGCGGCGAGGGUAUGAUCAGGUAUCUUCCUGAACUGAUGCCCAUCAUAUUGGAAUUCAUGCAAGAUCUGGGUUCGGAUUCCAAACGAUUCGCUGCGCUAAGGGCACUUGGGCAGCUGGCCACCAAUGCCGGUUAUGUUAUGGAACCAUAUCGCGAUUAUCCCGAGCUCAUGAACAUCCUCAUGAACAUCGUGAAGACGGAACCUGAGGGUGAGCUUCGCCGCGAAACGGUUAAGCUCAUGGGUACCCUUGGCGCUCUGGAUCCGGACGAAUACCAGAAGAUCAUGGAGCAGUCUCCGGACAAGCAUCUCAUCAUGGAAGCUCAGGCAGUCACGGAUGUGUCAUUGAUCAUGCAGGGCAUCACUCCAUCCAACGAGGAAUACUAUCCGACGAUCGUGAUCAGCACUCUCAUGGGCCUCCUCAAGGAUUCCUCGCUAGGCCAAUUCCAUUCCGCGGUUGUCGAUGCUGUCAUGAAUAUCUACGCCACGAUGGGUCUUAAAUGCGUGCCUUUCCUGAACCAAGUUGUGCCUGGUUUCCUGCAGGUCAUCCGUGGUGCGCCGACGGGGCGAGUGGAGGGUUACUUCAACCAGCUCAGCCAACUUGUUCGGAUAGUACGACAGCAUAUUCGACCUUAUCUUCCUAGCAUCUUGUCGACGGUUCAAGAGUACUGGAGCAGCAUUCCUCAGCUGCAAGCAACGAUACUAUCCCUCAUUGAAGCGAUUGCGCGUUCGCUUGAGGGAGAGUUCAAAAUCUAUCUCGCCGAUGUGCUGCCUCUCAUGUUGGGCGUCUUGGAUACCGACCAGACCAGCAAACGUUUGCCUUCCGAGAGAGUACUGCAUGCGUUCCUCAUAUUCGGUUCGAGCGCAGAGGAAUAUAUGCAUUUAAUCAUCCCGGUGAUGGUCAAGAUGUUCGAUAAGCCUGGCCAACCCCCACAUCUUCGGAAACUGGCUAUGGAGACGCUGGGCCGCUUGUCUAAGCAAGUCAAUGUUUCAGAGUUCGCGGCGCGCAUCAUACACCCUAUCUGCCGUGUACUUGCUGGCCCCGAGCCAUCUAUCAAGCAGACUGCGCUUGAGACGCUUUGCGCGCUCAUCUUCCAGCUCGGUCCCGAUUAUAUUCACUUCGUACCAACAGUCAACAAGAUCUUGAUAACGCACAAGGUCCCGCAUGAGAACUAUGGGCGCAUUGUUUCCAAGCUGCAGAAAGGGGAGCCGUUGCCUCAAGACCUGAGCCCAGAUGAGCGCUAUGGAGAGGAUGAUGAGGAUUUGAAUCCUGCCGAGAUCCUCACAAAGAAGCUGGCCGUCAAUCAACAACAUCUGAAGCAGGCAUGGGAGGCUUCGUCGAAGACUACGAGGGAAGACUGGAUUGAGUGGAUGAGGCGAUUCAGCGUCGAGUUGCUCCGAGAGUCACCACAACAAGCACUUCGGGCGUGCACGCCGCUGGCCAGUAUCUACAACCCUAUUGCCAGGAGUCUAUUCAACUCUGCUUUCGUAUCGUGCUGGACUGAGCUGUACGACCAGUACCAGGAGGAGCUUGUGCGAUCCAUCGAAACCGCGCUCACCUCUCCCAACAUCCCACCCGAGAUCCUACAAAUUCUGCUCAACUUGGCAGAAUUCAUGGAGCACGAUGACAAGGCUCUGCCUAUCGACGUACGGAUUCUUGGCAUGUACGCCGGAAAAUGUCAUGCUUUCGCGAAAGCUCUACAUUACAAGGAGCUCGAAUUCAACGCUGAGCAGAAUGCUAGCGCGGUGGAGGCGCUUAUCAGCAUCAACAACCAGCUCCAGCAGACCGAUGCUGCUUUCGGAAUCUUGCGUAAGGCGCAAGGAUACCAGGACGUGGAGUUGAAGGAAACGUGGUUCGAAAAGUUGCAGAAGUGGGAAGAGGCUCUGCAAUCGUAUCAGCGGCGUGAACGGGAGGAGCCAGAUUCACUUGAAAUCACUAUGGGCAAAAUGCGCUGCUUGCACGCUCUAGGAGAAUGGGACCUCUUGUCGAGCCUUUCGAAGGAGAAGUGGGCGAACGCUUCUCAAGACCACCGGAAAGCGAUUGCACCACUUGCCGCCGCUGCUGCCUGGGGCUUGGGCAAGUUCGCGGAUAUGGAUUCCUACCUCGCAGUCAUGAAGGAACAGUCCCCCGAUAGGGCUUUCUUUGCUUCGAUUUUAAACAUUCACAACAACCGGUUUGAAAUUGCUGCGGAAGAGAUUAGCAAAGCCAGGAAAGGUCUCGAUACGGAGCUAAGCUCACUGCUUGGCGAGUCCUACCAACGAGCAUAUCUGCCUAUGAUCCGCGUCCAGAUGUUGGCUGAGCUGGAGGAGAUAAUGCAGUACAAGCAGAAUGACGGCAAGAAGGAGAAGCAAGCCAGCAUGCGCAGGACCUGGAUGAAGCGUCUCAAGGGCCUGCAGCCGAAUCCGGAAGUUUGGCAGCGGAUGAUGAAGGUCCGCCAGCUGGUCAUCACACCAAAAGAGAGCAUGGAUAUGUGGAUCAAGUACACCAACCUAUGCCGGAAGAACGAGCGACAUGGCCUUGCAGAUAAAGCGCUGCAGAAGCUGCUGGAAAUCGAGGGCGGGAACGUCUUCACGUUCGUGCGCGACAACGUCCAUAAGAUUCCCUAUCCGGUGUCGUAUGCGGCAUUCAAGUUCAUGUGGGCCACUCCGAACCAUCAGCGGGAGGCGCUUGAGUCGCUCAAGGAGUUCACCGCACGGUUGUCCGACGAUGUUGCCAUGAGGGUGAGGGCAUCUCAGAAUGGCAUGGCCCCGCAGAACGGCAUGAACGGCAUGACUAAUGGUCAUGUCAUCAGCCCAGUGAAUCCCUUCGCGACGAAUGGUGUCAACGGUGUGAAUGGGAUGAAUGGUUCCAGCGUGCUCAACGGUUCGGGCACGUACGGCUCACCAGCGGAUCUAAACGAGUGUCAACGCUUGCUUGCCAAAUGCUACCAUAAGGUGGGAGAGUGGCAAUCGCAGGUGCAUCAUGGAGAAUGGGAUCACGACCAGGUACAUGACAUUCUGUCAGCAUAUUCCGCCGCGACGCGGUACAACAAGGACUGGUACAAGGCAUGGCACUCUUGGGCAUUGGCGAAUUUUGAGGUCGUCAACUUCAUCACUUCUCAAGCAGACCGCGAGUCCACGGAGCUUCCGCCGAGCGUCGUCCACGAGCAUAUCAUUCCCGCCAUUACUGGCUUCUUCAAGUCAAUCGCCUUGUCGUCAUCGAGCUCGCUCCAAGAUACCCUCCGUCUGCUUACGCUUUGGUUUAGCCAUGGUGGACUGCGGGACGUCAAUCAGACGAUCUCCGACGGCACGAAGACAGUGCCCAUCGACACCUGGUUGGAGGUCAUUCCUCAGCUUCUUGCACGCAUCAACCAACCAAACCCCACUGUCAGGCAAUCCAUCCACCAGCUACUCGUCGAAGUUGGCAAGGCGCAUCCACAGGCAUUGGUCUUCCCCUUGACCGUCUCCAUGAAGUCCGAUGUGUCCCGACGUCAACGUUCCGCGAAGGAGCUCAUGGAGGCCAUGCGGGAGCAUUCGCCGCGACUUGUCGAACAAGCUGAUCUCGUCAGCACUGAACUCAUCCGUAUCGCUGUUCUAUGGCAUGAGCAAUGGCACGAGGGUCUCGAAGAAGCGUCAAGACUGUACUUCGGUGACCACAACAUUGACGGCAUGUUUGCUACUCUGGCGCCGCUGCAUGCCAUGCUUGAUAGAGGCCCGGAGACAUUGCGCGAGAUAUCCUUUAUUCAGUCUUUCGGCCGGGAACUGCAGGAAGCUCGCGACUGGUGCAACACCUUCCGCACGUCAGGUGAAAUGGGUGACCUCAACCAAGCCUGGGAUCUGUACUACCAGGUCUUCCGGAAGAUCACUCGUCAAUUGCCGUCACUGAUGACUCUGGAGCUUCAAUACGUGUCACCGAAACUGAAGGAAGCGCACGACCUCGAACUUGCUGUUCCCGGAACGUACCAAGUCGGCAAGCCGGUUAUUCGCAUUAUGUCAUUUAAUCCUGUGGCAACCGUCAUUCAGUCCAAGCAGAGGCCAAGAAAGCUGGAGAUGCAAGGCAGCGAUGGAAAGGCACAUACCCACAUCCUCAAGGGCCAUGAAGAUAUCCGCCAAGACGAGCGUGUCAUGCAGUUGUUCGGCCUCUGCAAUACGCUGCUCAUGAACGAUACCGAGUCCCGCAAGCGGCAUCUUAACAUUGCCCGUUAUGCCGCUGUUCCGUUAUCUACGCAGUCCGGCCUUCUGGGCUUCGUGCCGAACAGCGAUACCUUGCAUGUCCUCAUCAGGGAAUACCGCGAUAGCCGGAAGAUCUUACUCAACAUCGAGCACCGCAUCAUGCUGCAGAUGGCUCCGGACUACGACUGCCUUACCCUGAUGCAGAAGGUCGAAGUGUUCGGAUAUGCGCUCGACAACACCACAGGCCAGGACCUCUACCGCGUCCUAUGGCUGAAGAGCAAGAGCUCAGAAGCUUGGCUUGAUCGACGUACAAACUACACUCGGUCGCUUGCCGUCAUGUCGAUGGUGGGCUACAUCCUCGGUUUGGGCGAUCGCCACCCAUCUAACCUGAUGCUUGACCGGGUCACCGGCAAGAUUGUGCAUAUCGACUUUGGCGACUGUUUCGAAGUUGCCAUGCACCGGGAGAAAUACCCAGAGCGCGUUCCUUUCCGUCUCACCCGCAUGUUGACGUAUGCUAUGGAAGUUAGCAACAUCGAAGGCAGUUACCGGACGACAUGCGAGCAUGUGAUGAGAGUAUUGCGCACCAACAAGGAGUCCGUCAUGGCGGUACUCGAAGCCUUCAUCCACGACCCACUCCUCACGUGGCGUCUCGGCAACCGCGAUUCCCCGCCUGAACCAAACUUCCCCUCAGAACGCCGCGCUUCUAUUAUCGGCGCGGACGUGGAUCGCGACAUGAGCUCUCUUGUGCGCGGGCGCCACCGUUCGAGUGUUGCGCCCGCGAAUGAAGCUGAGGCCAAGGAAGUGCAGAAUGCGCGUGCUGUGCAGGUGCUUGCGCGUGUCAAGGAGAAGCUUACGGGCCGCGACUUCAAGCCGCAUGAGGAACUUAAUGUGUAUGCGCAAGUGGAUCGGUUGAUCAAGGAGGCGACGAACUUGGAGAACUUGUGCCAGCAUUACAUUGGGUGGUGCAGCUUCUGGUAAACAUGAGACAUUGGCGUGCGCAAUGGCGUGCGAGUCUGCCAACUGCCCCACAGGGAAGCGAACGCCGUGUAGCAAUCGGUAUCGGGAAGGUGGUGAUAAUGAUGGCGAUAGCGAUAGCGGGCUUGAGGCAGUAGGAGAGAGGAGGCUGAGGGUCAGCAUAAUGCGGUGUCACGAGCUUUUGGUGCGGUACUACCCGUGGACAUGGUAAACGGAACCAGCGGCAUAUGUUAGGCAUGGGUUACUGGAUAGGGAACACUGUAUGGAAACAUGGCGCCUAGCCUUUUCCCGGAAGCGGCGUUGGAUCUGCGAUGGGUGUUUCAUGUUUCAGCGGCAUAUUUGGCGACGGAGCUUGGAGCGCUUCUUUUUGGUGCCCGAUAAAGGAGGGGCGUUGGGCUGUGUUCUUUCUGGGCGUAUAGUACUUACCUUGGACAUUGAGAAGGGAGUCGUCAUCU